AUGUACAGAAUGAUCAAGCAUCUUGAGCGGCUUGUAGAAGAGGAUAAGAUUGAAGAAAACGAUCCGAUUAUUGAUCUUGGAACUGGAAAUGGUGUGAUGCUUCGGGAGCUAGAAGACUUCGGCUUCACCAAUUUGACUGGGAUCGAUUACUCGCCCAGCUCGAUAAAGCUCGCUGCUCAAAUCUGCCCGAAUCUGGUGGAUCAUCUCUUUCAAGCAGAUAUUCUAAAAUCUGACGAGCGCUUCACCGCAAAAUAUAAAAUCGCCAUGGAUAAAGGCACGUUUGACGCGAUCAGCCUCACGCCUAGCGAUAAGGAGACUGCCAUCGCCAAUUAUUCGGAGAACGUCGCCCAAAUGCUUGAAAAGAAAGGCGAUUAUUUGUUUAUAACUAGUUGCAAUUGGACGACCGACGAAUUAAAGAAGCACUUUUCGAAGCAGUUUGAGCUGGUUACAGAGCUGAAAGUACCGAAAUUCAAAUUUGGAGGGAAAGAAGGAUCGUCUACUGUUUCUGUAUUAUUCUCAAAACUCUAG